AUGACUGUUGCCACUCCACCCAUAGCAGCCUCCAUGACUGUUCCCACUCCUGUCCCAGCAGGCUCCAUGACUGUUGCCACUCCACCCCAUGACUGUUGCCACUCCUGUCCCAGCAGGCUCCGUGACUGUUGCCACUCCACCCACAGCUCCGUGACUGUUGCCACUCCACCCACAGCAGGCCCCAUGACUGUUGCAACUCCUGUCCCAGCAGGCUCCAUGACUGUUGCCACUCCACCCACAGUAGGCUCCCUGAAUGUUGCCACUCUACCCAAAGCAAGCUCUAUGACUGUUGCCACUCCACCUACAGCAGGGUCCAUGACUGUUGCCACUCCACCCACAGCAGGCUAA